AUGGGCAAGAAACACAACAAGCAAAACUCCAAGCAGCAACCCCCUACAAUCAAACCCAACAGAGAAGUCAAAACACAACCCACAGGCUCAGACCAGAGCAAUACCUCCGGUGCACCAAUCUUCUUCUUCAAAGACGAUGAAGAGCCAUAUGGUUUUCUCUGCCAAUGGUACCGCUGCCGUUUCACAGACCCCGACUCAGGCCUUGAGUUCACCAGCGCCGAACAAUGGAUGAUGUGGAACAAAGCCCAACUCGCCGGCGAUGAAGCCUCCGCAAAAGCAAUAUUAGCAACAACAUCUCCUCGCAAGCAAAAACAACUUGGUCGUGAUGUUGAAGGGUUUGAUGCCGAGGCUUGGGAGAAGAUUAGAUUGGAUGUGGUGGAGCGAGGGAACUACCUGAAGUUUACCCAAAGCAACAACGUCGCGUCGAUGAAGAUGGACGAUCAGGGAGAAUCUGUAUCUCUGAGAAGUUUGCUGCUUAGCACAGAAGAACGAGAAUUGGCGGAGGCAUCCAGGUUUGACAGGGUAUGGGGUAUCGGAUCUGACGCACAGCAAGCUCUAGCGACUCCGAGAGAGAAAUGGGGGCAGAGUUUGCUUGGAACUGCUCUGAUGAAUGUUCGAGAAAGGAUUGGGAAGGAGGUUGAGACCUUGUGA